AUGGCAGCGCCAACGAGCAAGAAGGAGAUACAGCAGUUGACGGGAAGGUUGGCUUCCCUGACGAGGUUCCUACCCCGAUCGGCGGAGACAACCCUGCCAUUCUUUAAGCUGCUGAGGAAAGAAGCUCAGUACGGGUGGACCUCGGAGUGUGAAGCUGCGUUCCAGGAGAUCAAGAGGCAACUUGCUUCCCCUCCGGUGCUGGCAAAGCCAAGGGAGUCAGAAACUUUAAUUCUGUACUUAUCCGUUGGAGAUGUGGCAGUGAGUUCGGUUCUGGUGCAGGAGAAUGCAGAGGGUCAACAACCGAUAUACUUCGUGAGUCGGCUCUUGCAAGGAGCCGAGCUUAGAUAUCAGCGGCUGGAAAAAGUGGUUUUUGCUCUUCUGGUCUCAGCACGGAGGCUCCGAGCGUACUUCCAGGGACACAGGAUCCUGGUGAGAUCCGACCUGCCGAUCUGGCAAAUACUCCAUAAGCCGGAUCUGGCAGGGAGGAUGAUGAGUUGGGCGGUGGAGUUAUCAGAGUUCGACAUAGCAUUCGAGAGCCGAAAAGCGAUCAAGUCUCAGGCGUUGGCUGACUUUGUCCGCGAGCUCACUUCAGUCCAAACGGCAGAGCCAGAUAGCCCGGAUACAUGGCGUGUAUAUGUUGACGGGUCAUCUAAUGCAAAGGGCAGCGGAGCCGGGGUAAUUAUUGAAAACCCUGAUGGUGUUGCAAUUGAGUACUCUAUGCAAAUGGACUUUGAUACUUCUAACAACCAAGCUGAGUAUGAGGCCCUCAUAGCCGGGCUGUUGCAGGCACAAGAGCUCGGAGCCCGGAAAGUAAAGGUUUACAGUGACUCUCAGUUGGUCACCUCGCAAAUCGAGGGAAGUUACCAGGUAAAAAGACCUCUAUUGGCCAAGUAUCUUGAACGUGCAAGACGGAUAAUGGCGGACUUUGAAAAGGCAGAGGUUAGUCACAUUCCUAGAAGUGAGAACAACAGAGCAGACAUACUGUCCAAGUUGGCAAGUACAAAGGGGUGGGGAAACCACCGGACCGUGAUUGAGCAAAGUAUCCCGGCGCCGACAUGCAUCAUGCAGAUCUCCCGGGGGAAUGAUUGGCGUACUCCCAUUAUUGAGUACGUUGAAAGUGGAACUUUGCCUGUGGAGAAAGCAGAGGCCAAUAAGUUAAUCCGAGAUGCGGCGUCGUACACCAUAAUAGAGGGACAACUUUAUAAGAAAGGUAUUUUCACCCCCCCUGUUAAAGUGUCUAAACUCGGAUAG